UAGUUAUUCAGACAGCAGGAGAAUUAAAGUGUACGCGUACAGUCCCCGCAGUCACAAGCCAUCUGCUUAUCUUCGGGAUUGCUACGAUUCGCUGUCGUUCCGGAGUGCCUCGUCCCUGCCGUCGGAAGUCUAUUCGUCCUCGUGCUUUUCUAACUCCGUAACGUAACUCUAUUCCCGCUCUCCCCCGCUCUUUGACCAUCACACCGCCUGAUUGUGUCCGACAACGUUUUUCUGCUCCAAGUUACCAUUGAUCGACGGCCCUGCAUCUGUGUACCUUUAUACCUAGAAUCCACUGCCUCUGUAACAUAUUGUACUACCUAUACCUAUCCGUCCUAGUGUCUCAGGUCUAUCCAAACCAUCUCGAUAUACAGACGAUACUGUGAUAAUAUCAACACCACGCUUGGGCCUCACAUAUACAGCCAUGAUCAACGCUGUUCUGGUCUUUAACAACUCCGGUCAACCCCGGUUGACCAAAUUCUAUUCCCAGCUCGACACGAGCGUACAACAACGCCUCAUCUCCGAAAUCUUCACGCUCGUCUCUCACCGCCCUGACUCGGCUUGUAAUUUUCUUCCCCUGCCUCCCCUGCUCGCGAGUUCUUCAAAACCCACCACGCCGUCCGAACCGCACAACGACACCCCCUCGCUCAUCACCUACCGGCACUACGCCACGCUGUACUUCAUCAUCAUCUCGACGUCGACCGAGUCUCCGCUGGCUUUACUCGACCUGAUCCAAGUCUUUGUCGAGGCGCUGGACCGACUCUUCGAAAACGUGUGCGAGUUGGAUCUCAUCUUCAAUUUCGAAACGCUGCACGCCGUGCUCGCCGAGAUGAUUGUCGGCGGCGUGGUCGUCGAGACAGCGCUCGAUAAGGUCGUCGAGGGCGUCAAGAGCCAAGGCCGCGUCGCGAAACGGCCGGUCAAUGAGUCGAGAUCCGGAGGCGGGCUCGGCCUGGGCAGUUUUGGACGCGCGGGGGAUCUGGUCUGGGCGGGACGAUAACUUGUAGCUGUUACACUCGGUGUGCCGUUCAGUUGAUCAGUCUCUGUCGUAUUCCACUGCAUUUCAUGGGCGUCAAGUGGAGUUUACUGUCUUUUCCUCCGUCUUCUUUUGCGGUAUAUACCUCAUGUCUUGCAUGGUUUGAUAUUUUUUACAAAUCACUUCCCAAUUUCCACUUAACAUCUGUCCGAGAAUUUGAACUGUAUAUGGCGUGUCUGCGGCAGUCGCAGAUGCAUAUAUCAGCUAGAACAUUGUAGGCUGAAGGAUAAAGAGGUCAUCAAUGAAUAAGUUUAUUCUAAUAAAUACCAUGACGAAAGAAUCUAUCAUCUUUUUUGGACAAAACACACGAGGG